AAAACUUUUCCUUUUGUAGAACGCAAUUAUUUCAGUCUUACAAGAACCUUGCACAAAAUCUCGACACCCAGGAAAAUUGGAGUCUCUAUCAAAGGUGAUUUGUCAGUGUGGUAAGGGUUAUUUACAGUUCUACUACCUUGCUUCAAUGUGGAUGCAGUGCAGCUCCGUGCAGGCGGAGGUGAGAAUUGAUUAAGAAGAUUUUUAACUGCAGUAUGUAGCUUUGAAGAUCUACAUAAAAACUAUACCAUGAAUAGCUCCAGUGCAAACUGUGGGAGUCCAGGCACUGGGAGCACAACUGAAGCUGCCUUAGAUGUGUUUAAGGAUAUUUGGACUAAACUGAAAGAAUGCCAUGACAACGAAGUACAAGUGCUGCAAGUGAAAAUAACCAAGCUAAAGAAAGAGAGAUGCUUAGAUGCACAGAGACUUGAAGAAUACUAUAAUAAAAAUCAACAGUUAAGAGAACAACAAAAAGCACUACAUGACAACAUUAAAGUUUUAGAAGAUAGGUUGCGAGCAGGCCUAUGUGACAGGUGUGCAGUUACUGAAGAACACAUGAAGAAGAAGCAGCUGGAAUUUGAAAAUAUUCGACAGCAGAAUCUAAAGCUCAUUACUGAACUUAUGAAUGAAAAGAAUAACCUUCAGGAAGAAAACAAAAAACUUAGUGAUCAGCUUGAAUCACUUGAACAUCAACUGAAAGAACAACAGCAUGAAGUGGCAGGAGCAGGAGAUCAUGAUGAUGGAAUAAUCCCGGAUUCUCCAAUUUUAUCUCUUUCCACCUCUGUAGUUAGCAGAAUGCGAAGGAGGAAGGAAAAUCGUCAUAUUCGCUAUGCAGAGCGUGCUCGUGCAGACGCUUCAGGGCCACAGUCUGAUGAUGAGACAUGUAAAAUGUUGUUGGCACGCUUCUCUGGCAUGACCAAACCUAUACAGAAUGAGGAAAUCCUAGUUCCAGACUCCUGUGAUCUUGAACAACCCCCAGUAAAUACUACUCAGAAGCUCAAAGAAUAUUUAUCCUCAGAGAAAAAUAACAUUAAUUUAGCUGCUGUUGUAGCAGAAACUUUAGGACUUGGAAUUCAUGAGGAAUCUCUAAAGGUGUCUCAAAGUCUUCUGAAUUCACAAAGAGACCUCGCCAUGACCACACAAGUUCCACAUAAUAGGUUGAAACAAGAUGUCAAUCAGGCAUCAAAUUCAGAACAUUCGAAGGACAGUGGCUCUGGGUUGCCAUGUGUAACAGAAGCCGACGAAGAGAAUGGAAACUGGGUUUCUCGGUGUACUUCUCCUGUAUUUGGAGUUCCUGCUAAAGAUUUUAUUGAUCCAGAAAUUAAAAUGGAACAAUUCCUUGAAGAAUCUAAGCUGGGAGGAGAAAAGAUUUCAAAAAAGCACAUUGAAAUUAAAUCUGAUACAGCUGGGAAUUCUGCCUGCCUGCCUCCAUCUAUCAGAUUGGCAAAAAGGAAAAAAGUGGAAGACGAAAGCGAUUUUCCCAAUAAUUGUGAAAAGCCUUCAUUUAAUAAAGAAAAUCUUCCAUCAAAAUUAGAGAAAACUGUUUUUGUAAACAGUGAUAAUCUUGACAAACCAUUGGACUUGUCUGAUCAUGUUUCUAAUGGCCGCUUGGAAGAUAGAAGCCAAGGGAAAGAUGAAAUGUGUAAUAAACUAAUUAAAGUUACCCCGCUGGAUUCCCUGAAAUCAAGUAUAAAGGCAACAAAUUUCAGAAGAGCCUACAAUGGACUUACUAAGGAUCCUCAAGAUGAUACUUAUCCGCAAGAAACUAUUGGGAAAAUAUGUCAGGAUGUUAAAAUAAAAAGUGAGAAAAAUGGAGGGGAUGGAGAUUCAUCUAGUUGUAGAUAUUCUCAGCUGCAACCCAGUAACUUUAUUCGGAAUGAGCAACUUCUUAAUGACCUAAAGGAUCUUGAAGUCAAAGUUCCAGCAAGGAAAAUUUCAAAAAUGGCACCUACAGAAUCAGAGCCCACUUCAGUACUUCAACCAAACCCAAACCCAUGUGCAACAAUUGUAAAAUGUACAAAUGUUGGUAAAGAUGGGUCAAAAUCAGAAAACAUUCAGUGGAGCAUUGACCCAGAAUUAGAUUGUAAGAUGGACACUUCAGAAGUUGACUUAAAGCAAUCCAUCAGGCAGCCAGGGAUGAAUACUCUAGACAUGGAUUGUACUUAUGUAAGUGAAAGUAUGUUGCUGAAAUCAAAAGAAUCAAGAGUCAACCACUCUAACCAUGGAAGCAGACACGUAAUGGAUGACAGCCUUGCUGAGGUGUUUGAUUGUACUGCUUAUGAUGAAUACGAAUCGUGUCCCGAAGAGACAAGGAAUCCCCAUAAAGUAUACGAGAGCGCAUUCCAAGAAGAGUCAGAGAAAAUAAAAACUGAAUCUUUUGUACAGCCUUAUUUAAGCUCUGGGCUAAGGAAGAACACAGUUUUAAACUUCCCUCAUGUUGAGGUGGUCCGUAACAAGGAAGAGAGAAGAAAAAUGCUUGGGCAUACGUGCAAGGAAUGUGAAGUAUAUUAUGCAGACCUUCCAGAGGAAGAAAGACUGAAAAAAUUGGCAAAUUGCUCCAGGCAUAGAUUCCGGUACCUUCCCCCAAAUACACCAGAUAAUUUCUGGGAGGUAGGAUUCCCCUCAACACAAACCUGUGUUGAUCGAGGUUAUAUAAAAGAAGAGAGCACACCUUGCCAGCGCCCAAGACGGAGGCGUCCUUACAAUCCAACAUUUUUAUCAAAGGGAAAGGAACAGAACAUAACUUAAUUAUUUGAGUAAAAGACAACUGCAAAAAAAAAGGGGGCUUCACUAAAGAAUGUGUAUUGAACUCCUUUGUUGAUUCGUAUCUUAUACUGAGAGAUUGAUAUCCAAUGCUUCUAAUAGCAUUUUGUCAAAUCUACCCUUUUUUCUUUGAUAUUUAAAUUAUGAUUGCUUUUCACCUGUAUAUUAGGUGGAAAUUUUGAUAUUUGCACACCCGGCAUAAGGUAUGGUGCUAUUCAUUGCACUGGAAAUUAUGCAGUUACUAAGUGUCUGUAAAUAUAACUUGAAUUUUUGAAUGUAUGUUAAAGUUGUAGUGAUUAUUUGAUACAAUUUGUAAUAAAUCACAUCAAUAUAGACUAAUAAAGAAAAAGAAGACCUUUGAACUCCA